CAAACCAAAACCUUCCCGUCUUAACUAAAAGGAAUAAAAGGAAUACAAAGGCAGGAGUCGAAAGUAUCCGAAUCAAAGAGAAGGUUUGUUACGAAGAAAAUGGUUAGCCGUCGCGCGAUCUACGCCGUCGUUGCGAUCAUCGCGAUCGUAAUCGCAGCCGUCGAAGCCGGAGAGGACUACGGAGCUACGCUGGGGUUCGUCCGCACCGGAUCCUCGCUCUCCGGGUGCAGAGGAUCCAUCGCCGAGUGUCUCGCGGAGGAAGAAGAGCUGGAGCUCGACUCGGAGAUCAGCAGGCGCAUAUUAGCGAUGAACAGGUACAUCAGCUACGGUGCGCUGCAGAGGAACAGUGUGCCCUGCUCCCGACGCGGCGCUUCGUACUACAAUUGCCGGAGAGGAGCUCAGGCGAAUCCGUACAGCCGCGGUUGCAGCACCAUCACCAGGUGCAGGCGUUGAAUUUCCUGUUUUGCCCUUCUUCCUCUCUCUUUCUUCUCGGCCCCCCCCCCCUCUUUUUUUAAAAAAAAAAAUUAUUUGUCGAUUUCAUUUAAUAUGGGGUUUGAAUAGGAAAAGAAAUCCAUAGUAUUAUUUAAUGAAAGUAUAAAUAACGUUGAUUUUCUGCCGCUGUUAUUUGUAUAGAUUGAUUGUUAUUGUUUUCUC